AUGUCUUUUAUUCUGACCACGUUGUUGAGCAUUAGCUUACAAGAUGGACCCCCUAUCAUGUUGCUUUAUCACAAACCUUGUGCCACUUAA